AUCGAAAAAUUAAUAUAUUUUAUUUUGCAGGAGCGAUGCGAUCCAGUUAUGACGGCUUACAAGUUGGUGACAAUCGACGCUCCGUAUUGGGGCUUUGGUAGUAGGCUUGAACAAGCUCUUCUCGCGGGCGAAAGAGCACUUUUCCUCGAAAGUCAUAGAAAUUGUUUUGGAUGGAUCGACGAGUGGUUUGGGCUGCCUAUGGAGAUGAUGCGCGAGCUCGAAAAAGAAAGCGAUUCUUCACUAAACAAGAAACUUGGUAGGACUAGUGUGGUGGAAAAUGAGGAGGAAUCAGAAGAUAUAAGAACUGUUCCCACGUGUUGAAUUGAUCUCUAGCCCUUUAUAAUUUUUAUUUUUAUUUUUUAUUUACUAUUUAUGGUGAUCAAAAAAUGUAAUUUUAGCAAUCGAGUAUCUAAUUACAGUAUCAAGUUUUUUGAUUUAUUCUAUGUGACUAAUUUUCGCCGCGA